AUGUCUGUCUCUGUUAUCCUGUCAUCCGAUGACCAAGACACUUCAUCUGGCGACGAGGAUGCCUUCGAAGAAUCCGUGAGUGAUCUAGAAGACGUAUCCAACCUUAUUUCAAGUGAAGAUAUAGGAAAUAUGGCGAAAAUCGAGUUGAAUGGAAUGUGUACAUUCGACGCACAUGGGGAGUCGAUGAAAACCCAUCAAGCUUGGAAAAGAUGGUUAAGAAGUUUUGAACUUUUCUCAUUAGGAAAGGGUGUAACAGAUGUGGAUCAAAAGCGUGCAUUGUUAUUGCACUGUGCGGGUCAAGAUGUACAGGACAUUUUUUUCACACUGCCAGAGGGGGACGGAGGUAAUGCUUACGAGAAAACAACCGCCGCAUUAGAAAAACAUUUCAAAUCAAAAAUCAAUGUGCCCUAUGAAAGGUAUGCAUUUAGGUCUAUGAAACAAGAGGAAAAUGAAACUGUUGAACAAUUUGUAACCAAAUUACGACAACAAUCGGUGCUUUGUGAAUUUGACAAGCCGGACGAACAAAUUAGGGAUCAAGUCAUCGAAAAAUGUAGGUCGCACAAAUUACGGCAACGUCUGCUAGAGAAAGGUCACAAAUUGACUUUAGAUCAGCUACGAAUGAUGGCUAGUACUUUAGAACAGGCUGAAACACAGGCAAAGAAGAUGGAAAGCCAUCAAGGAACAUUAAACAGAGUGAGUUUGUCAAGUCAUGGUGCUGCUAAACAGGGUCAUGCUAAACGGACACAUGAACAUAAACCAAAGACGGAUAUGAAAUGUUACAGAUGUGAUCGUGAGGGACACUUGUCACGUGAUCCCCAAUGUCCAGCAAAGACUAAAAGGUGUAAUGAAUGCGGAAAAGUGGGACAUUUCGCAAAAUGUUGUAAGAGUAAGUUACCCGGAAGUUCUCAGAAACGUAGUAGCUCAUAUUCGCAGAGGAAUAAUGGGCCGCGGAAAGGAAAUGUUUGUGCUGUUGAACCAGAACAGAAUAACUAUGCUUUUAAUGUCAGUCAGAGAUCUAGGUCAGAGAAAUUCCGCCUACAGGUAGACAAACAGGAUGUUGAUUUCAUUGUUGACAGUGGUGCUACGGUGAACAUUAUUGACCGGAAGUUGUGGGAACAAUUGAAACAGAACCACAUUACAUGUAAGUCGGAGAAAACUUGA